CGCCUCCCGGCGGGGCCCGGCCCGGUGGCGGCGCAGAGGCUGCGGGCGGCGGCGGGCACGGGCAGGAGGAGCGCGGCGGGCGCCGUGCGGGGACGCGAUGCACUCGCUCUUCAGGAAACGCAACAAAGGGAAAUACAGCCCCUCCGUGCAGAAGAAAAGCAUCUCCAGCAAAGAGCUGACCGAGCUCAUCGAGCGCCUGCAGAAAAAUGCUGACCAGGUGGAGAAAAACAUCGUGGAGACCGACUCCCGAAUGCAAAAUGACCUGCACAAGAUCAAGGCGUGCCAGCUGGCGCAGUACAAGGAGCUGACAGCACAGAAACUCUCCGAGUCCGACAAGCUGCUCUACGUGCUGGACGGGGACGCGGCCGUGGCCCGGCACAUGAAGCACCCCCAGGGGGACAUGAUCACAGAAGACAUCCGGCAGCUGAAGGAGCGCGUGGCAAACCUGCGUGUGAAACACGAGCAAAUCUACAACUUCCCCCUGCAGCACAUCGAGCCCCAGGUUAACUGGUCAACAGUGAUCGAGGAGAAACAGGAUGCACUGAGCAGCAAAGGCUUUGGGACUGACCUGCCACUGGUCAACAGCCAAGUAGAAGAGCACAACAUCUUCCACAAUGAGGUCAUGGCCAUCGGGCCACACAUCGUCAAGGAAGGAAGCAAGGAAAACAUGAGCGACUUCCAAACCAAAUACCAGAAGCUGCUGGCCGGCUCCCAGCAGCGGCAGCAGGACCUGAACUCGCUGCAGGAUUACAUGCAGCGCUGCACCAACAAGCUCUACUGGCUGGAUCAGCAGGCCAAGGACAGGACCCAUUACGACUGGAGCGACCAAAACUUGGACUACCCCAGCCGGCGCCGCCAGUACGAGAACUUCAUCCAUCGGAAGCUGGAGGAGAAGGAGGAGGCCAUCAACAAGCUGCACGCUGAUGGGGAUCAGCUGCUGGCCCAGAACCACCCUGGGAAGAAUGCCAUCGAGGCUCACAUUGAGGCCGUGCACGCUGACUGGAAGGAGUACCUGAACCUGCUGAUCUGCGAGGAGAGCCACCUGAAGUUCAUGGAGGACUUCCACAAGUUUCAGAAGGACAGCAAGGAUGCUCAGGAGCUUUUGAAGAAGGUGGAUACAGACCUGGACCAAAAAUUCAGCCCGGAGUUCAAGGACAGAUACCAGCUGGAGUCCCUCCUCCGGGAGCUGGAUGACCAGGAGAAGGCCCUGGAGAAGUACGAGGCCGUGGUGCAGUCGCUGCAGGAGCGCAGCCGGCAGGUGCUGCCGCUGCGCUACCGCCGGCAGCCGCCGCCGCAGCCCAUCGCCGUGGAGGCGCUCUGCGAGUUCGAGGGCGAGCAGGGCCAGAUCAGCCGCGGAGCCCACUACACCCUGCACAGGAACAGCGGCGACCUUUGGGAAGUGGCCGACAGCGCAGGAGACACCAUCAGCGCCCCCGGGGUCUGCUUCAUGAUCCCCCCGCCCGACCCCGAAGCGAUAGCCCUGGCAGAGCAAAUUGCCAAGCACUAUGUGGCCGUGAAGGAGAAGACCAACAACUGCAAGAAUGUUCUCCAGCAGCGCUAUGAGGGGCUGAAGGCAGACAGCAUUGGAGAUGCUGCAUCAGUUCGGGGUCGCCAGCUCCUGGCAGGGCUGGAGAAAGUCAACAGUGACCUGGACAAGCAGGAGAAAGCGAUAACAGCAAACCUGCGGCCGCCGCUGGAGCAGAGCCGGGCGGUGCAGGACAGCACCGAGCGCUCCAAGGACCUCAAGAACAUCACCAACGAGGUCCGGCGCAUCGAGCCCGAGAAGACGAGGAAGAUCCAGGAGUGCGAGGCCUUCAUCGAGUCCGUGCCCAACACGGGCAGCGCGACCCUGGUGAGGAGCAAGGUGGACAACACCAACAAGAAGUACGAGCGCGUGGUGCAGCUGCUCAGCGCUGCCCAGGAGAAAGUUGAGGUGGCCACAAACCUGGAGAGGAGCCUCCAGCAAGGCCGAGACCUGCUGUCAACCUAUGAGAACAAGCUGGUCAUAGAUGACACGGUACCAGAGGACUUGAGGGUGGUGGACAGGAAGAAGGAAGAGCUGCUGGCCAUGGGCAGUGAGCUCCAGUCCAAGAAGUUCCUGCUCAGUGAAGCCGAGCAGAACCUGCAGAGGACCAAGACGUGCUCCAACACCCUGGCCAGCAAGUUCCAGGAGCACUGCCCCGACAUCGAGCGCCAGGAGGCAGAGCUCUACAAGCUCAACCAGCGCUUCAACAACCUCAGCAAGCAGAUCGACCACAGAACGCAAACCCUGCAGAAAGCAAAAAGUGCCUACUCCAACUACCGUGCCAACUAUGACAAGGUGAACCAGUUCCUGUGCAACAUCCCCAACUACGAGCCCCAGGAGACUGACAACAUCCAGCAAGUGGAGAUGAAGCUCAAGAGCCAAGCGGCACUGCUCAGUGACAUUGCAAGCAAGGAACAGGAGGUGCAGAAGGUCUCUGCCACAGCUCAGCAGUACCAGCAGGCAGUGAAGGACUACGAGUUGGAGGCUGAGAAGCUGCGGUCCAUCCUGGACCUGGAGAACGGCCGGAAUGGCUACACCAGCAAGAAGCCCAGGCUGCAGUCCCCAGCUGCCAAAGUGAAGGAGGAGGAAGCUGUUCUGGCAGCCAAAUACACAGAAGUGAACGCUGUGAACAAGCAGAGGCUGCAGAACCUGGAGUUUGCCCAGAGCCUCCUGCGACAGCAGCCAGAGAUUCAGGUGACACAAGACUUUGCCCAGACCAAAAAGUCUGUAAGGCCUGUGGAAGAAGUCUGGAAGUUGAAGAAGGAGCUCGAGGAUGAGACUCAGCGUCGGCAACAGCUCGAGGCAGAGAUUGAAGCCAUUCAGAACAACAUUGUCCACCUGCAAAAUCAGAAGCCCCAAGAAACUGUGGUGAAGAAAGAACUGCUGAAGAAGGUGCCUGACCCCCAGCUGGAAGAGAGUUUCCACAGACUGCAGCAAAACCUGGCAGAGGAGCAGCGCAAGAACCAGGCGCUCCAGGAUGAGCUGGAGGCUCUUAAGAUCCGGCUGCGAGUCCUGGAGCACGAGAAGAGGGAAGGAGGGCAGGAGUACAUAGUGAAAGAGGUGCUGAGGAUUGAACAAGAUAAGGCUCAAGCUGCUGAAAUCCUGAAGCUCAAAGAGGAACUGGAAGAGCUCAGGAGGCAGGAAGGGACCAGGGAGAGUGAAGUCAUCCUCUUACGCCAACAAAUUGCUGUGCUGUCCAGCGAGAAGAACAAAGAGCAGGAGAAGGUGACGGAGAAGGAGGUGCUGAAGCUGCAGAACGAUCCCCAGCUGGAGAUGGAAUUCCGGAUGUUGCAGGAGACCAAGGAGAGGGAAAGCGCCCUUCGGCAGAAGCACGAGGAAGAGCUCAGCUUCCUCCAGGAAAAGCUCAAGCGUCUGGAGAAGGAACGGGCCAUCGCCGAAGGCAAAAUCACCGUCAAGGAGGUGCUGAAGGUGGAGAAAGAUUUGGCCAUUGAGAGGGAGGUGAACGAGCUCCGGCGCCAGUACGAAGAUGAGAAGUCCAAGGGCCGUUCCAAUGAGCGGGAAAAGGCUGAGCUGCUCAGGAAAAUCCAGCUGCUGGAGGAGGAGAACUCCAAGGUGGUUGUUCAGGAGAAAGUGCGUGAGAUUGUGCGCCCAGACCCCAAGGCUGAGAAUGAAGUUGCCAACCUUCGCUUGGAGCUGGUAGAGCAGGAGAGGAGGUACCGCGGUGGGGACGAACAGCUGAAGAGCUGCCAGAGCGAGCUGGCUGCUCUCAAGAACAGAGGGCCCCUGGUAGAAGUCAAAGAAGUCAUUAAGGAGGUCAUUAAGUACAAGAAUGAUCCAGAAACCGAAAAGGAGCUACAGCGACUCCGGGAGGAGAUAAUAGAGAGGACCGGAGCUAUCGAAAGAGCUGACCUGGAGAUCUACCAGCUGAAACAAGAGAUACAAGCGUUGAAAGACACCAAACCUCAAGUGCAAAUGAAGGAAGUUGUUCAAGAAAUCCUCCAGUUUCGGGAAGACCCCAAGACUAGAGAGGAGGUAGAGUCGCUGCGAGUGCAGCUGGCAGACGAACAAAUGAAGCACAUUGACCUGGAGAGGGAACGACUUCUCCAAGAAGAAAAAGUAAGACUGAAGGAGGAAGAACUUUCCCAGGUGAAGGAGAAGGUGGUCCAACAGGAAGUAGUGAAGUAUGAGCAGGAUCCUGCCUUGAAAGCUGAGGUGAACUCCUUCUCCCAGAGCAUCGAGAGCGAACUGAAGCAGAUCGACGGGCUCCGUGAGGAGCUGCGCAAGCUGCAGAGGAGACGCUCCGAGCUGGAGCGGCAGCUCGAGGAGCUGGAGAAGGAGAGACAGGCCCGCAGGGAGGCCGAGCUGGAGGUGCAAAGGCUCAGGAUCCGGCUGAACGAGCUGGAAGAACAGGAAAGAGAAACGACAGAACGAGUGACUGUGAAACAGAAAGUGAUCCUUCAGCAAGAUCCCCAGCAGGAGAAGGAGCACUCCCUCCUCAAGCUGGAGUUAGAAGAAGAGAAGCACCGAAGACAAGUCCUGCAAACCGAGCUAGAAGCCCUGAGAAAGAAGCUCCUUUCUUUGGAGAAGAUGGAGGUCAAGGAGAAAGUGGUCUUUUCAGAGAGUGUCCAAGUGGACAAAGGAGACACGGAGUACGAGAUUCAAAAGCUGAAGAGCAACCUGGAGGAAGAAAGUAGGCGCAAGAGGGAGCUGGAUGCAGAUCUCAACCGCCUGGAAACCAGGCUGUCCGAGGUGGAAUUCAACAACUCCAAGUCAUCAAAGGAGCUAGACUUGUUAAGGGAGGAAAACCACAAGCUCCACCUUGAGAAACAGAACCUACUGAUGGAAACAAGAAGACUGCAGUCAGAGAUUGAACUCACCGCAACAGAAGCUCAGGAUUUGAGAAACAUGACCCACGUGGACAGUGGAAUAAACCUGGACUCCAGGUUCCAAGCUUUGGAAAGAGAGUUAGAGGAUCUGAAGCAGUUAUCCAGAGAAAAAGAUGCAGAGAUUGAGCAGCUCCAGAAUCGCCUGAAGACAGUGGCUAUCAAGAGGGAGCAACGAGAGAACCACCUGAGGCGCUCCAUCGUGGUCAUUGACCCCGACACAGGAAAAGAGAUGUCUCCAGAGGAAGCUCACGUGUUUGGCCUCAUCGAAUGGAGCCUGUUUGUCAAACUGAAGAGCCAGGAAUGUGACUGGGAGGAGAUCUCAAUAAAGGGUCCCAACGGGGAGUCGUCUGUGAUCCUCGACAGGAAGUCUGGCAGGGAGUUCUCCAUCGAGGAUGCCCUGAAGAGCGGGCGGCUCACCACAGCCCAGUACGACAGUUACCUCAACAAGGAGAUGUCCAUCCAGGAGCUGGCAGUCUUGGUGUCCGGAAGCAAUUACACAGCGCUCGCUCCACUUUAGAAACUUCACUUCAAGAGCAGCCAGUCAGAGCUGCAGCACCUUGCAGACAUCCAGAUCACUGCAAAGCCUCACCCUCCUUUGCGUCUUCCCAACUGCUACAGCCUCUGCCCCGGCCAUGCUACGCAGCCACUCCGCUUGUUGUCACACUGCAGAAAACACCACUAGUAGUGGAAAGUAUCUGCCAACCUCCUGAAACCCCUCUUCCUCCCUGCCUACCAGAAAACAAGAGAAAGCCUUAGGACAGUGAAGUGCCUCAAGUCCAACAGACUCAGUAGAACCUGCAGUUUCCUCAACUCCUACUCACAUAGUCGUGUACGAAGCCGUGUCAGGAGAGAAACUGAAGGUCCAGGUGACUCUGAGGUGACCAGCAGGAGCUGGUUACAUCAGCUGCAUGUUGAUAAGCCAGACAGUCCCACCGUGGACAACUGACUCAAUGACGGGCUCGUCCUCUGAGAAAGCCAGCUCUGUGGAAACCAAGGUUUCAGCCCAGAAUCACCACGUCAACACUCACCACCACCAUUUGUUCACCUGUGCCUGUGCUGCUGGGGAAGAAUGAAGGUGUACUUUGAUGGCACCAGCAUUGAUCCAGAAGGAGCAUUCACACACCCCAGAGGUCAAGGAAAAGGACAUGAAGAGAUGGCAGAACCACCAGACACAAGGGGUUGUGCGCAGCAUGCGAGGGAACCCAAUGCAGAGAGCCUCCCACAGGCAGCUCCUUCACUCGUGGUUAAAAGCUGUUAGUGCUGGUGUUUUCCUGGAUGGAGUUACAUGCAGCUACAUGUUUCAUUUACUUGUGUAAGGGAAUGGGGAAUAGAGGGGAAUUCUAUUUAUAGUACAAAAUAAAAAUGCAGUGGUUCCAAUUAGAA